AUGCCUUCCAACGACCCCGUCUACCGCUUCAAGGCCACCCUCCAGGUCCAGGGCGCCGGCAGCUUCGUUGACCAGAACGCCGGCGGUGGCCAGGACCCCCCCGUCAUCGGCUUCUCCCAACAAGGCAACACCAACCAGAUCUGGGAGUUCUACUCCGUCCCAGGCUUCGAGACUCGUGUGGUGAUCAAGAACACUGCCACCAAGUACGUUCUUUACACCAACGCUCUCCAGAACAAGGUCCAGCUUGGCAAGAAUGACGUGUGGGAUGCUGCUUCCCAGUGGUACCUCGAGGGAGGACCCGUCGAUGGCAUCGACAGUGGCAGCAUCGUCAGAAUCCGCAACGUCAAGUACCCUAACGGCUACCUGGAUCUUGCGGGCGGUGACAAGGCCGACCGCACUGCCAUCCUUGUCUGGCCCGGUCAUGGCGGCAACAACCAGGCAUUCAAGCUCACUAAGGUUUGA